ACUCAUUUCAAGUGAUCUUUAUUGUUUGUCUCUUACAAUCAUGACAUCAGUGUAGAUCUAUAUUUUCUAUAUCUUCAUGCUGGGCUCUGUAGUAAUUGAAUUUUAUACCCCUGAUCACUAAUCUGCACAAGCUGGGACUGGAUGUAGAUAUAGUCACGAAUAAUGUUAGUACAAGGAGUAACUCCUUGGUACUACGAUAAACAUGGUAACUAUAUGAUGCAAAUUAUCUGACUAAAAUGACAUUACUUGAGAGAGCGUGGAGGGAGGAAACUGAUAGAGAGAAUAAUGUUGAUGAAUCAUAGCUCCCGUAUACCACUCUAGGUCCAUGGUCAAACAGUGGAUUAGUGUAUUGUAUUGUUUACUUUAAUUUUUAGCAGUCAGGUGAUAGCAGCUGCAAAGCGUUGAAAGGUCGAACCAUUUCACUGUUUAUAUGAUGUAGCAAAAACAACAACAACAACAACGAUCAAACUUGAAUGGCAGUAUAAAUCCCCAGAACUUUAAAAACUCAUGAUAAUAAGGAGUUGUCGCUCAAACAUACGGAGGAUUCAAGAACAUAGAAAAUGUAUUGUCAAAUGCCCUUCAUGUCAAAGAACCAAGUAGUCUUUGUCGAAAAUUGGUGAACUAAAACAGUAGUUUCAUCGUGGAUUUUUCAUGGACAAAACUGCUGUUCCCGUUCAAAAAGACCACCCAGCUGUUCUUUGUCAUUUGACAGACAUGUUCAAUAGAUUUACUGCGUCGCAAAACUCACUCCCAUCGAUCAACGCACAAGGACCAGAGGACUUGAGCAGCAGGAUGCACUUUGGUUUGACAGACCUCCCUCGUAAUCCUCUCAAAACAUACAAGGAAAGGAUGAACGAUCCAUCCAGUUCAUGGAGAUCCGAUCCAGAGUACGGUUCAAUACUUCCUGCUUUCUCCGCCAAUCGAUCUUGUACAACAGGACAGAGAGAGAGAGAAACUACUAUUUAAUUCAACGAUCUUCUGAUCGUAUCCCGUCAGAAACCUCGCUAUCGCACACAAGAGCAGACAAAACAUUUGAAAUCUUGUUAGUGUUCAUUUUGAGCUGAUUCUGAAUAGCGGGCGGAGAAAAAGAACUCGCAUAAAAGCAGACGGUCUCUGCUCUUCUACAUGGUCCAUUCAUAAAAUACCUGUAAUUCAAUCGCGAUGGGCUGCAAACAUUGACGUGGAGCAUUGGCCAUUUCUUGACUUUGAAGAAGUGCAAUCUUACCAAAGCUAUCAUGGUGGCAUGGGUGUGACGCCAGGACUUUUUAGACUUCAUCCUAUAUUUUGAAAGAACCCAGCAUAUAAAACUACGAAGUUGUUCUUCAAUCACCACGUAUUAGUCACGUACCCUAAUCAAAAUAAGAUCAUGAUUUUGAAACUGCAGUUGGAGUAGAGAUUUGACAGCUCAAUGAUGGUAUCAUUGAUGACGUUAUGAUGAGAUCAUGGCCUCGGGAUAUCGCAACCAGAAUCUGGUCACUAUUCUCGUUAUCAUCACGUGCAGCGCCACCAUUUCCGUUCUUCUUUCUCUAGAAUUCUCAAACAGACAUGUGUCUGUGACUUCGAUGACAAAAUGCGUAUGCAGUGAGACAAAAUGGAGAUCAGAAGUUCUUGAAGAGGAUCGGAUUCGAAGAGAGGCAGAAGGCGGGUUAGUGACCGUACAGCACGAAGAGCCGCCGCCAUGGAUGCAUAUAAAACGAGGGGAUUUGGAAUAUCCAACGUAUUCUGAAAGUCUUGCCGCAAUCCAGCCUCGUCGAAAGCAACACUUGAACAACAUGUGCCACAAAUCCUUGCCAAUGAACCACCCCCACCACAUCCACAACGAAACCCUAAAACAUUUAUACGUCAACGAAAAAUACAAGUUUGUCUAUUGUUCAGUUCCUAAAGCUGGUUGUACGAACUGGAAGCGAGUUAUGAUGGCCAUCAAUAACUCAUCGCUUGAUGUCACCAGUAUAUCACGUGACGAUGCUCACCAUGGCAACAUGAAAACUCUGAUAGAUUACCCUGAAGAUGAGCGGAAGCGUAUUCUCUCGCACUACCAAAAGUUCCUUUUCACUCGAGACCCGUUUGUUCGUCUCCUUUCUGCCUAUAAAGAUAAAUUCAUGGGGAUUCGGAACCUUGAAUGCGAGCGCCAUAGCUAUUACUUCAAGAACAUCGCUGCGGAUAUCAUGUCAAGGUUCCGUAAGAGCGUGUCACGUAAGACUCUACAAAACGGAGAAGGUGUCCGAUGGACGGAAUUUAUUCGAUAUAUUAUCAAUACCAAUGAUCGGAUGCAACUAAAUGAGCACUGGCAGUCUACGAACUCACUCUGUGCGCCAUGUUCCAUCAGUUAUGAUUACAUAGGAAAGUUGGAAACGGUACGUGAGGACAGUGCGCGAUUGCUCCGCCGAUUUGAAAUUAGGGAUAAGCGUAUCUUCUAUCCAAAAUCGAAUAACCCAACCCGUCGAGAUUCUGCCGAAUUCUAUGAUGCUUUCGGAACUAUCACGAUAAAUGAACUAAGAGAGCUUUGGAGUAUAUAUGAAAUAGAUUUCCUUCUUUUCAACUAUACGCAACCACAGUUUUUAACGAGCAGUAUAAAAGAAAAAUAAAGCAAUCAGCUGUAUCUGAACCAGUUGCCUACUGAAAAUUUGUCAUCCAUGUAAAAAAAAAAAUUGGAAUUCCAGCAGUGGCGUAGCUAGGAUUUUUUCCUGGGGGGGGGGGGGGGCACUGGGGGUCCUUGCUUUUUCAGGGGGCACCAUUUUUCUGGUGUGUGUGUAUGUGUCACAAGGGCGGAUCCGACUUUCGCCAAUAGGGGACGGGGCCCGAAAUUAUCUUCACCUAUAUUUUCCCCGAUCAGUCACUUCUUAGUUUUAUUCUUAUAAAACAACAUAAACAUGAAAUAAUCUCAUAAGCCUAGCGAUUUUUUUUUACUUACAUGUAUUUUGUCCUGUAAAUUUAAUAUUCUGGGCAAUGUUAUGUGUGAUCCUGAACAAGAUUCGUAUGUAACUAGAUGGUUACUGCGAACGCCAAGCGGGAGCAGAAAUUUUCAUUAACUGUUCUAGCAUUAUCGAAAAGGGACCUGUUAAGGACUGCUUACAGUUACCCACGAAGACGGUAUAUAUUUCAAUAAUGCGACCGCGAAGCGCGAGCAAAAUUUUUUGACAUUCCGACCUAAAAAUGUUAAUUUUAAGCACUUUUUGUAUUAAUAAAUGGGAUAGGUAUGUAACUAAACAAUUGAUGCGAAAAGUUGAGAUUUUAGACCUAAAAGUGGGACACUCUAUAUUCAUAUUUUGUAAAUCAUAAAUAGGAUAUAGUUAAUUGGGUAUAUCAUUAAUAAUGCGAACGUGAAGCGUGAGCAGACAAUUAUUGAUAUUCUGAUGUGAAACUGGAUAAUUUAAGUACAUUUUAAAUAAAGAACAUGCAGGCUAUCGCGCAUGUUUUAGAUUUAGACCUAGAAUCAGGGCAUUCUGAAUACAUUUGUUUAAUGGAACAUUAUGAAAUACACGUAGACAAUAGGAACUUGGCAAAUCAAACAAUGUGACCACGCACCGUGAGCUUAAAAUGCUGAUAUGUAGACCACAAAACGGACAUUUUACAGAGCACUUAAAUUUGUAAAUGAAAAAAAAUAAUGAAAGCUCGAUAUCCGAGCUAAAAUAUGUUUUGUAUAUUGACUUCAAAACUUGCUCCAUAUUAGCCUAUUGAGCAAGAUAUGAAUCUCAUCGAACAGGCAAUUCUGGCGCGAAGCGCAAGCAAAAAUGUUAUGUGGUAACAUGACAGAUUUUUUUUUGGAAGUCUUCCCCUCACAUUAUUUCAUUCACUCGUCUUCCUCCUCUUAUUUUCCUCUUUUUUCUUCUUCUUUCUUUCUUCUCUUCAUUUUUUCUUUUCUUCUUUCUCCUUUUUUUUUGCUCUGCCAAUUUUUUUCAGGGGGGCAUCUAGGGGGCACACCAAAUCUCAGGGGGGCACGUGCCCCCCCCCCCAGGGCCCCCCGUAGCUACGCCACUGAAUUCCAGACCGCAGAAGUCAAUGUUUGUUUAAUGAAAUGCGAACUCUUACAAUCUGUAUGUUCCUGCUGGUUUUUUAUUAAGAUAAAACGAAAUGCUGAAAUGACAAUCGCCUUCUUUCGGUCUUUAACGUGAAUGCAUCGAGUUACUGUCAGUUUUCAAAUAUGAUUAUUGUUACAUGGAGUACCAAUUUCUAUUUUUGUCGUCAUACAAUUCUUUACAGGACCUGUUUAUUAACAUGAACAGAAUAAUGGAUGUUUCUUAUAAAAAUGACAAUGGAUAUCAUCUUCAUUAUCUAAUUAAUUGAUAUAAUUGUCGCUAUGCGAUCGAUAAGCUCGAUUUACUACUUUGUUUGAAGGUAUUGAACUUACCUUGUAUCGUUUUAAUUGUUUGUAAUCUAUCCAGUAUUGGAAUUUUGUAUUAAGUUAUUCUUUAUUAUUUUUCACAGUGCAAUAUGAAGGAUUUGGUAUAUAUCUUAAUUAAGUUUAUUUUUCCCAACAACUAAUACAAAUAAUGUUAUACCUAAGUCUCUGGAAGGGGUAUUUAACAAGAAAUUUGACAAUGAUAAUCAUAUUUUACUGAUAUAUGUAAGAAAUUUGAUUAACCUCAACCUAAAAUGCUACACCUGCUACUCUUAGCGAGUAAUCAUUACUCGUCGCUUAUGUUUUGGAGCAUAAUGUACGAAUUGGAACAUUCUGCAUAUUUGGCCAUUGAGCUCAUUUUCUCACUCUGAUGUUCUUUACAGGGCUAAUAAUCCUCACUGUUCAAAUAAUUAAGAGUGACUUUUAAAUAAACUAGAGAUUGAUUUUUUCAGUUGAAUACGGAUUGUUAUUCACAAGGCAACAUACGAUUUUUAUGAUUUUGAAGCAAACCAGCAUGCAUAAAAAAAGAAUUGUAGAUUUAAUUCAUCUAUUCAGUAUUUCAGCAACAGAGAACACUAAAUACUAGUAUUCUUACCAAUCCAAAUCUGAUCAUUCCUAUGGCAAAUCCCCAAAACCGACUGGCUUCAAUUCUUUUCAAUCUCUUGAGCAACCGUCUUGAGAACAAUACCCCAACAACAUUACCUCACCUGAAAUGUUAAAAAAAACAUCUGAAAACCUUCCUAUCCUUACUCGCAUUAUGGCUUAAACAGCGCAUUGUAUCCUCUGUAAAAUGUGUUGCAUGGUAUAAAUCUAAUUUAAGUACCAUACAUCUUUGUUCUUAUAAGAUAUAAUUUGGGGUUUGUUUUAGACAUCGUUAUCAAAUAUACCGUCUAAUGUUAUUGCCUUCAAUGAUUUUUAUAUGACAUACAUAACUGAAAAGACUCAUUUGUGGUGGUCGGUUUUACUAAAUUGGAAUUUUAAUUCUAUCAAGACGUACCCAUAGGUAUAUCAUUUGUGCUUUAUGAGAAGGAUAUAUAGAGAUUUAUUUGUGUUUAUGAGAGAGUGCUAUACCAAAUGGAUAUAUUUGUGAUUACAAACUCCGUGUAAGAAGCUGUGUUUCAAUAACGAUCUUGAUACCACCAAGACACAUUUUGAUACUAUCGAUUUUCCAUUGUUAUCAAAUUGUUUCAGUGAAUAAAAUCACCAUUAUUGAUGUUAUCAUU